UGGAAACCCGACGAGACCCUGGCCGCCUUCGUCGAUCGCGUGUACCCGCGCUGGGCGGCGCCCGUCGAUGACCGCCGCAGCACGUCCAUCGCCGUCGGCCGCAUCACGGCGCACGCUCUUGCAGCCGAUGCCCGCAUCCGCAUCGAGUGGACUGACCGGCUGACGGACCACCUGGAGCUGCUCGUGGGCGCCGACUGGAAGACCGUCUACGUGUUCCGCUACCCCUGCUACCUCAAGAUGUGUCUGAAGGCGCUGCUCGCCAGCAAGCCAGAGCUGGACCACAACACGGCCGACGCACUGGCCCUGGGUUGUCUCCCGCCGGAUCUGCUGGUCGAGACGCUCAGCACCUACAACCUGCUGUUCCCCAGCACAGACGAAGCGUCGCAGGUCAUGCUCAGGGACGCCGUGAAGCAGGAUCACGCCUUCGCCGAAGGCUUCUCCGUCUUCUCGCGGGGCCACGAGGGCCCACGCGACGCGCGGAAUCCCGAAAACAUGGCCGAUCUGUAUAAAAAUUACCCCCACUGGGCGGAGCGGCUGGACGUGCUCUGGAGGGAGAUCGAGAACCCGACGCCCGUCACGCGCAUCGAGCGCUGGUCCGAGAGGCGCAAGAGCGCGCGCUGGGCGACCUGGUUGGUGGUCCUGGGGCUUCUUUGCGCCCUGCUGUUCGGCCUCAUGGCAACCGUCCUCGGUGCGUUGCAG